CGGGCUCGGCUCUGCGCGGCUCUGCGCGGUGCGGCAGCGGUAGUGGCAGCAUCGGUGGCGGCAGCGGCCCCCCCCCAGCUCCGCGCCGCUCCGCGCUUCCCCCCAUCCCCACCCCCGGCCGCCCCCAUGGCCACCAAAAUCGACAAGGAGGCGUGCAGGGAGGCGUACAACCUCGUCAGGGACGAUGCCACCGACGUGAACUGGGUGACUUUUAAGUACAAUGGCUCUACAAUCGUCCCUGGAGACCAAGGGGUAGACUAUGAAACCUUUAAAAGGAAGUGCACAGAUGAUGUUCGAUUGUUUGGCUUUGUCCGGUUCACCACUGGUGAUGCCAUGAGCAAGAGAGUCAAGUUUGCUCUCAUCACUUGGAUUGGAGAGGAUGUCAGUGGUCUGCAGAGAGCCAAAACUGGGACUGACAAGACUCUGGUCAAAGAAGUAGUACAGAACUUUGCCAAAGAAUUUGUUAUCAGUGACCACAAAGAGUUGGAUGAAGAUUACAUCAAGACCGAGCUGAAGAAAGCAGGGGGGGCUAAUUAUGAUGCACAGACUGAGUAAACACAGGAACCUCCUGGCACUGUCACCUGGAUCUCAAAGGGAGGGGAAAGGCACAACAAAGUAACACAACUGAGAGAUGAGGCAACUUGAAAUCCCCAGUUUUCUGUGUGUGCAGCUAAGAACUCCCUUUCUUUGCAUACAGUGGACUUUUCUUUUCCAUUCCAUGUCAUGAAACAUCCCUCUCUGGGGUUCUGGUUUUCUUUUCCCCCCGUUGUUUUUCUACUCACAACUCUGUCCGUCUUCACACAUCUGUGGAAUUUAGGUUUGGCUCUGCUUUGCUCUUAUUCAGCAUUGUGUUUGUAGAGGCUUGCCAUUGUGUCUUUCUUCCUAUGCAUGCAUGUCUGUUUGUCUUACUUGGGCUUAACCUGGUCUCUGGGAGGAGAAAGUUUUGUGGACAUUCUGAACACUCAUUAUUUUAUCUUUUUAAUUUGGUCCAACUGAUACUCUUGGGAACGAUAUUCUUUUGCUUUUCUAGGCUCACAUCAGCUUGAGCUAACUUCACUGAAGUCUUGAUUAAAUUGUCAGAGCUUAAAUGUCCAGCUGAGAUGUUACCUGACAGCUUAAACAACGAAGCUGUUAAGCAAAGCUUAAACAACAAAUUCUUCAACUCAUGAUAAAUGGGAAUAAAUUUGCCUUAAACCUUGUUUGACAGUUGCUAUGCUGUGUGCUGCAUCUCUAUCCCUCCCUCUUAAAAAUAAUCCAACUUGAUCUGAAUGUGGGGGGUUGGGGCUUUUUUUGGAGGUAUCAUGGCACAGUAAAUUGAGGGGCUUAGAAAAGUUUGGACACUUGGUCACUAUUUUGUGUACAUUGAUCUUGGGGUUUGUAUUUGACUUUCCUAAUGCUGGGGCUCAGGAGGUGAAACUGAAAUGCAUAGAUUUCCUUUUUAAAUGAUGUCUGCAAAAAUAGCUGCUGAGCCCUACCAGCCUUCUCUACCCAAGUCUCCCCUGGGUUAUUUCACAGCUAAACACAACACCCUCAGUUGUCUGGGGCCUUGGGGCAGUGAACCAUCCUGUACCUGUGACUGAGGGAUGAAGCAGGGCAGAGCUGCUCCAGUCAGGAUGAAACGUUCAACAGCAGAGGCCCAGAGAUAACCUGAGUACUCUUUGCUUUGGUACCAAACUGUUUGUUUGGGGGACUUCUUUGUAUGGCUUGGGGUUGUUUGUUUUUUUCCCAUCAAAGCUAAUUGUCCCCAGGAUUAUAUGCAAAGGGGAGACUGUGUUGUACUGGGGCUUGGGAAUCAGUGCUAUAAAACCCAUUGCAGAAAUAAAUGUUUUUCAAGA